UAUUAGUUUAAACACUAUUUAACUGUAAUGCAGUGUAACAGACCAACAACUGACAUUUAAUCUGUAUCCCAAAAUUGCCAUACCCAACAUCCCAGUAUCUUGUCAAACAUCAUACUUGUAUUAUUGCAGUGUUGUACUAAUAUUACAUGAACAUAGUUGCCAUUGCUGAGAAAUAUUAAACUUUCAGCAAGUGAUGUGCUCUGUAUGCCUCUGUGUUGCAACAGAAGAAAUGUCAGUCACUGAGGACUUUCCGGACAUGAAUGGAGUAGAUUUUUUAGGGCUGCUGUUCCAUGAUGGACAAGACGGAUCUGCUGAGCCCCUCUUUCCUGACGAGAACGGGCUCAUCGAAUCCUGGCUGUCUGAACAAGAUAUGCUCACAGGUAUGGAUACUGAAGACUUUCUGUCCAGCUUGUUAGAGGAAGAGGACAACAUGGGGGCUAUCUGUCCCUCUCAUUCUCCUUUGGGCAGUGACAGUGGCAUUUCUGAUGACAGCAGCACUGGGGUUGGAAACAGCAAUCUUCAGGGAUGCCAGAGUCCCCGUGGCAGUGAAAGCGAUACUUUGCCCAGCCCCAGUUAUUCUCAACCCAGCCCGGUGGAGUCGGACCCUGCCCUGGCCUCUGGAGAGUUGCACACAGAGAGCCUGGAAGCCUUGACAGUGCAUGCAGAUCACAGCUACUCUCUGCUGCAGAGUGAAGGAGACAUGGAUAUCCUGCAGAGUGUGAGGGCAGAGAAGCCAGAUACAGAUGUUUUCAUUGAUCUUGAAGACCUGGUGAGUGAGGCAAUGGAGGAAGACAUCAUCAGCGAGCUGCCUUGCACUUUGGCCAUAGAGGACUCAACACAGGAGUCAGCACAACUCGGCACAACAGACGAGUUUCAGUUUAAAGAGAUUGUGCUAAAUGAGGAGGAGAAGCGGCUUUUGGCGAAAGAGGGAGUAACCAUUCCAACACACAUGCCUCUCACAAAGGCAGAGGAGAGGACCUUGAAGCGGAUCAGGAGGAAGAUACGCAACAAACAGUCUGCUCAGGAAAGCCGCAAGAAGAAGAAGGUGUAUGUUGAUGGACUGGAAAACAGGGUUGCCGUCUGUACUGCACACAACCUGGAACUACAGAAGAAAGUCCAUAUGCUUCAGAAGCAGAACAUGUCCUUGAUAGAGCAGCUGAGAAAACUACAGUCUAUUGUGAAGAUGUCAACUAUGAAGGCCAGUGCAACCAGCACUUGUGUUAUGGUGUUCCUGCUCUCUUUCUGUCUCAUCAUCUUCCCAUCAGUCAAUCCAUUUGGAAGAAACACAGAGGAGAAGGAACUCUACACACCCUCACCGGGUAAGUUAUCUCAAAUAAAAAAACAGUGUUGCAUUGUUACUCAACCUUUCUUGCCAU